UUUGUUUUCUUGAAAGACCGUAGCUUUUUGCUUUGGGUUGCUUCCUGUUACUUUCUCCUACCCUUUGAAUAUAACAAAUAUAUAUACUGUUGUUUUCAGCACAGGAUUGAUUUAACUUGAAUAACAAAGUUAUAGAAGAAAAUAAAAUUUUAAAAUGGAAAAGGAGCCAAGGAAUUUUUCCUAUAAAAACCCAACUUUGCCUCUGUUCUUCUUCCCCCUUCUCUCAUAGUUAUUCCUUUGAGAACAUUACUAAAAUCUUUUCCUUCACUUUCCUCUGUUUCUUGGCCUUCCAAGACUCUUUCUUUUAGUAGCUUACUUGGUUUUUGAAACCGGUUCUCUUUGCUGCUUAUCCUACCAUCAACACAGAAAUGGAAUUCGAGGACCGUUAUAGACAAGCUCAGAGGCCUAAAUAUGAUUGCCUUCUUUUCGAUCUUGAUGAUACCCUUUAUCCCCUUAGUUCUGGUAUUUCAAAAGAAUGUGGAAAUAACAUUAAAGACUACAUGGUUGAAAAGCUGGGGAUAGAAAAGGACAAAAUCGUUGAACUGUCCAACCUGUUGUAUAAGAAUUAUGGGACAACAAUGGCUGGCCUCAGGGCAAUUGGUUAUGACUUUGACUAUGAUGAAUACCACAGUUACGUUCAUGGAAGACUCCCUUAUGACAACUUAAAACCAGAUCCUCAAUUGAGAAGUCUAUUGCUGACCUUGCCUCUAAGGAAAAUUCUCUUCACAAAUGCAGACAAGGUCCAUGCAGCUAAAGCUCUGAUUAAACUCGGACUAGAAGACUGUUUCCAAGGGAUAAUCUGCUUUGAGACACUCAAUCCUACCCAUAAGAAUACAGUUUCUGAUGAUGAAGAUGACAUUGAGUUUCUGGGAUCAGCCGUUGCUACAACUGAUGUCCCGAGCAGCCCUGAAAUUUUUGACAUAAUUGGCCAUUUUGCUGAGCUAAAGCCAGGACCAAGUGCCACAUUAUUACCCAAGACACCCAUUGUCUGCAAGCCACAAGAAUCUGCCAUAGAGCUUGCUCUCAAGAUUGCCAAAAUCAACCCUCAGAGAACUUUGUUCUUCGAUGAUAGUGUCCGCAACAUCCAAGCAGGAAAAUGCGUUGAUCUUCACACUGUGCUGGUGGGCACAUCUCAGAGACCUAAAGGAGCAGAUUAUGCAUUAGAAAGCAUUCACAACAUAAAGCAGGCAUUACCAGAGCUUUGGGAAACAGACAUGAAAUCUGAAGUCAGUUACUCUGGCCAGGUUACAGUGGAGACACCAGUGACAGCUUAGAUUCCAUGUUAUUUAUUACUUGUUUUAAUAUUUAUGAAGAUGAAAACCCAUCAUAAGAUGGUCCCCAUUCCUCUCCUUGUUGAGGUGAUCCAGAUGUCUGGCUCUCAUCUUCAUUAUAUUAAAUAAUAUUAAUGUAUAAAAUGAAAAGGGUUCCUCCUGUUGCGGAUGGCUUAA